AUGAGAUUGUUGCUUAUACUAACUUUUUCGGUACUAACGAUACGGACUCUGGCUGAAACCGCAGACGUAUCAUGGAGAAAAAUAACUAAUACCCGCCUACCUACUAACCUGUAUCCAUUGGAAUAUACCUUAAAUCUCACUACUUUUUUACCUGGAUACGCAUGGGAAGCUAACGAAAGAGAUUUAUCUUUUGAAGGAACUGUUUUCAUAAAAUUAGGUGUGAAUGAAACUACAAACAAGGUUGUUCUACAUUCCGAUUCAUUGGAAAUAUACAAUGCGGUUGUUAAUGAUAUAAAUUCAUCGAAUCUCACUGUCACUACAUGGGAAGCUUUUCCAGAAGAUCAAUUCAUAAUUUUAUAUUUGAACCGAGAAGUCAAUCCAAAUGAACAAUUUGAAAUUAUAGUAAACUUCAGUGGAAAAUUGAGAGAUGAUAUGAAAGGAUUCUACAUUACUAAAUCUACGAGAGCAGACGGGCAGGAAAUGCUGAACGCUGUUACCCAGUUCGAAACCACUGCUGCUCGUUAUAUGGUUCCUUGUUUUGAUGAACCUGAAUUCAAGGCCACGUGGCAAGUGAAUUUGACAUAUCCAACUGGAUCUGUUGCCUUGUCGAAUACAAUUGAAGAUGGGACAGUAACAAGUGGAAAUUUUACAACAACGCAUUACAAGAGGACUGUCAAAAUGUCCUCUUAUUUAUUGGCGAUUUUCAUUGGAGACAUCCAAUAUAAAGAGACAACGACUGAUAGUGGUGUCAGGCUCCGAGUUUACACUGACCCAGCAACAAUCGAUCAAGUGGAUAACGCAUUGAAUGUCAGCAAGAUAGUUGUGGAGGGUUUUGAAAACUUGUUCGGAAUCAAGUAUCCAAUGGAGAAACUCGAUUUUGUCACUGCUUAUGAUUUUGAAGCAGGGGCCAUGGAGAAUUGGGGUCUUUUGGUGCACAAACCUAAUUUCCUUCUUGGAUGGGGUCAAGAAGUAGCUGAAGUAGUUAUUCAUGAGCUCGCUCAUCAAUGGUUUGGAAAUUUUGUCACAAUGAAAUACUGGAAUCAAAUAUGGUUGAACGAAGGGUUUGCUAGUUAUAUGGAGUCAAUUGGCUAUUCAUUCAUCAAACCUAAUUUUGAUUUUGACCAUUUCCACCUGAUGCAGCAAUCUGAAGCAAAAGAAUUGGAUAAAUCUAUUCCACUGAAUGAAAUGACUUAUACGGAAGAUGGUAGUAUUGAUAUAAUUACUUUCUACUAUCCAAAAGGAAGCUCGUUAAUUCGAAUGCUUGAGAUAAUAGUUGGAAAGGAGAAUUUCAUUAAUGCACUCAGUUCUUACUUACUGAAACAUCAGUACUCUAAUACAGAGGACAAAGAUCUCUAUGACGCUUUGAAAGAGUUCCACCAGCCAUUAUUAUGCGGGCCAGAAGAAGUAGAUAUUGAGGAGUUUGCAAGAUGUUGGACACAUCAAAAUGGGUACCCAACUGUCUACGUGGAGAGUACCGAGACAGGAGUUAUACUGACUCAAAGAAAGGAAUCUCCGAUCGAAGCCGACUUCAGAAAGUAUGAAGAAUGUGGAAACAGAUGGGAUAUUCCAAUUUGGUACCAGGAAGCUGGAAGUGAUAAUGAGUAUAUUCAGCGGAAAUGGUUUAAGAAAGAAGACAAUGAAUUGAAGCUGACUGUUCAGGAACCUGUUAUCAUAAAUGCCAACUCAUAUGGAUACUAUGACGUGGUUUAUUCAAAUGACUUGUAUGAAUCGAUUGCAGCUCAAUUGAAAAAUAAUAGUGAAACUUACUCUGACAACUCGAAACUCCGUGUGCUGAUUGAUGUUAACAAGUAUGCUAUUCUCGACAAAGUUCCAGUACACAAUGCGAUCCUUAUUGCGGAGUCUUUGCUUAAUGAUAAAAGUAUUUUCAUCAGAGCAAAUGCUGAAAGGGCACUGCUCAAAGCAAAAGCUAAAUUGGAGAAGCAGAAGAAAACAAUUGAAACUGAUAUUCAAGAUAUCGAGAAUCGCCCAACAGAAUCACCAAAUGUCAAUAUGUUCUCCGGAUGUGACUCAUCUGAAACCUUCUUAGAGUGUUACAAGAGAACCUUCGACACUAACCUUGAUGCAUGUCUCACCUUUGAAAAGGAUAAGAGUGUGGACACUACUGAUAGACUAGCGGCUUGGCUCAAAUCAGAUAAGAGCGAUGAAAGUAGACAAACAAUUCUGAGAUUAUUGAGUUGUGGAGAUAUAGAAACUUUCAGGAUGUUUGUGAGCGAUACCAGCUAUAAUUGGACACCAUUUGAGAAGGAGUUGAUCGUGGGCUACUUUGAAAACUAUUUAUUCAAGAAGUAUGGUCCAAAAGAAAAGAAGGGCAAGAAGGCUUCAAAAUCGAGAAGUUACUUUGAUGAGAAAUCAAUGUCUGCGAGACAAUUAUUGAGUACUCAACACUAA